GGAAAGGACCUUUUUUUGCACCUGACAUAGAUAAUUCAGAAACCAUGCACUGUUGCUAGUACACAAGUACUGCAGAAAAGUUGGAAUCUUUUGAUCACCAAACCAAUCAGACACAGGUCGCAAUCAGGGAUUCGUUACCCAAAUCCACAGAUAGCCAUGCAGAAAUCUCGCAGUCAUCAGUCACCGCCAUGGAUGGAUGAUUCAAACAGCAGCUUCCACCAAGAAAAGCAGCAACGAACUGCAGACAACUCUUGCAACAGCACAUGCUGGCUAUUAGUAGCAGCGAGCUAGGUGUCCCUGCUAUUGUUGCACUGCUUCUUCUUCUUCUUCCUCGAGCGUUCGCGUCGCGUCGCUAGCUUCUCCUCCCCUCCAAUCAAUCAAUCGUGCGCGUAGCAGCGGCGCCGAGCUGGCUGUUCGCUUGUGCGGGGAAUCAAUGGCGAUGGUGUGGCUGCUCGCGGUCGUGGCUCUUGUCUUCUCAGGCGCCGGCGAGGCCCGCGUCCUCCUCACGCUCGACGACUUCGGCGCCGUCGGCGACGGCAUUGCCAACGACACGCAGGCUUUCUUGGACGCCUGGAACGCCGCGUGCGCCUCCAGCGAGCAGGCCGUGCUCGCCGUGCCGGCCGGGAAGACCUACCAGAUCUGGCCGGUGCAGCUCGCCGGGCCAUGCAAGAAGCGGCUCAAGCUGAUGAUUUCCGGGACGAUCGCCGCGCCGGCGAGCCCUGACGAGUGGGCCGGCCGCGACCCCAUGAAGUGGCUCUACGUCUUCCGCGUCGACGACCUGUCCGUCACCGGCGGCGGCACCAUCGACGGCAAGGGCACCGAGUGGUGGGCGCGCUCCUGCAAGCGCAAGAAGACCAAGCCCUGCAACACGGUGUCUGCUCCCAAGGCGCUGCAGUUCGAGGAGUGCAGGGGCGUGAGCGUGCAGGGGAUCACGAUGCAGAACGGGCCGCAGUUUCACCUGAUGUUCACCCGGUGCACCGGCGUGAAGGCCAGCUUCCUCCGCGUCGUCGCGCCGGAGGACAGCCCGAACACCGACGGGAUCCACCUCAACGACACCUCCCAUGUCCACAUCAUGGACAACCUCAUCUCCACAGGAGAUGAUUGCGUGUCAAUGGUCGGCAACUGCUCUGACGUCCGGGUAAAGGACAUAUCAUGUGGACCUGGCCAUGGCAUCAGUAUUGGAAGCUUAGGCAAGAACCGGACCACUGACAGAGUAGAGAACGUGAGAGUGGACACCUGCUUGCUGACAAACACGACCAACGGUGUACGGAUCAAGAGCUGGCAGGGAGGGAUGGGUUAUGCUCACGACCUGAGGUUCGAGAGCAUCGUGAUGAAGAACGUCUCCAACCCAAUCAUCAUCGACCAGUACUACUGCGACCAAUCGACGCCCUGUGCAAAUCAGACGGAGGCGGUGGAGGUGCGCAAGAUCGAGUUCGUGGACAUCCGGGGCACGUCGGCGACGGAGCAGGCGAUCAAGCUGGCGUGCAGCGACACCGUGCCGUGCCGGGAGCUGGAGCUGAGGAACGUCAACCUGACCAUGGCAGGCGGCGGCGCGGCGUCGGCGUUCUGCUACAGGGCGUCCGGGAAGACGGCCGGCGCCGUCGCGCCGGCGUCCUGCCUUGCCAAGACGCCCCACAGGAUGCUCAGGGACACCACGCCGGAGAGAAUCGAUUCCUGAUGUUCGCCGGAUUCUUGCAAACGAUCACCGGAAGAAGCUCAAGUAUUUAUACUUGUAAUUUUUACGUUUCUUUUUUUAGCUCUUCACCUCUUCUUGUUGCCAUGACAGAAGGGUAUACCACCGUACACGUAGGUUUAGAAACUGUUGCCAUAUUGGGGAGCUGUAAGCUGUAUACGACAUUUGUGUCAAGGUUUUUAUUUUUAUUUUAACUGUGUGAGAUAAAUAGCAAAACUCUGAAAAAAAAUUAGUGGCAUUUCUUUAAGAAAAAGUCCAGAUCAUCCCAUAAGGUUUGGCAUCCUGUUAAUUCACCCCUGAGUUUUAAAACAGUCUAAGCAACA